GCCGUACUGCCGCCAGGGGGCGCCGUGGGCGUGGCUCACCUGGCGCUCCACUACCUGGCCUGAACCUAGUGCCUGGCGCCCGCGUCCGUCCCCGACUUCUCUGCCUCCCUCCGAGGACCCCCGCGGCUCCACGGUGGUCUCUGGACCUCGGGGCCUCUGCUCAGCGGUCUUCGGCCCGCAGCCAUCCCACCGGACCCCUGACGCGACCCCCACCGCCUCCCGCCGCUCCCCGCUCCCACCCCCCACCCCCGCUCUGGCCCGGAAGCGCCAACUUCCGCGGGCGGCCGAGCUGGUGUCCACCCCGCCAUGCCCUCGCUCGGGGACCUGGUGCGCGACUGGCACCAGGGCGCACAGGCCGUGGAGCGCGGGGACUGGGACUGCGCCUUGCGCCUCUUCUCGGGCAUCCCGGAGCCGCCCGCCAGGUUGUGCUUCAACGUGGGCUGCGUGCACCUGCUGGCUGGGGACCCGGAGGCCGCGCUGCAGGCAUUUGACCAGGCGGUGACCAAGGACACCUGCAUGGCUGUCGGCUUCUUCCAGCGAGGAGUGGCGAACUUCCAGCUGGAGAGGUUCUGGGAGGCCCUGUCCGACUUUCAACUGGCUCUGGCGCAGCUGAGGGACAACGCUACCAUCGACUACACCCAGCUGGGCCUGCGGUUCAAACUGCAGGCCUGGGAGGUGCGGUUCAACAUGGCUGCAGUGCAGUGCCAGCUGGGGCUCUGGGCUGAGGCCACCUGCAGCCUGGAGAAGGCCAUCUCCCAGGGGCCGGACGGGGCCCGUGAUGACCUGGAUGUCGCCCUGGGCCAAGUGCAGAAACAGGCCCCCCUGCAGCCUCGGCAGGUCCCCGGGGGCGAGGUCUUCCGGCCCCACCGGCGACGCCUGGAGCACCUGGAGCCUGUGGACUUCCUGGGCAAGGCCAAGGUGGUGGCCUGCACUGUCCCUGAUGACCAGCAUGAGGACAUCCAGCCUCAGCAGCCACAGGUCCACGAUGUGCACGGUGAAGCCGGGCCCUGGGCUGCCACACGGGCCUGUGACAACCGCCCCUACAGGGCUGGUACCCUUUGCGACCCCAGGACACCCCUUGAUGCAGAGAUGGAGGUCAGCGCUGGCCAGGCUGGCCAGGCUGACCCCUGCACACUGGCCACCUCCGAUGAGCAGGGCACCCCCGUGGAGCAGGCUGGCCAGCAGGUUCCUCCAGGGCCGCUGGUGGCUGGGGAACCGGGCCCUGGCUCCUCUGAGGACCCCGCGGGUGUUAGGGAAGUGGCUGCAGGGGGCCCUGAGUCCUUGGUGACCAUCAUGGUGCAGUGUGCCUUCACCCUGGCCCUGAAGGCCCCAAGAGGAGCUGACCUGUCCAGCCUGCGGGCUCUGCUGAGCCAGGCCCUUCCUCCCCAGGCCCAGCAUGGGCAGCUCAGAUACAGAGACCCUGGUGAUGACAGGUGCUGGGUGCCACUCACUGGGGAGGAGGCGCUGCAGAGGGCCUGGCAAAGUGCGGCUGCCGGCCGCGGGGGGCUGCAGCUCCAGUGCCAGGGAGUGGGCGGGCGGCCUGUCCUUUACCAGGUGGUGGCCCAGCACAGCUACCGCGCCCAGGGGCCCGAGGACCUGGGCUUGCGGCCAGGAGACACGGUGGACGUCCUGUGUGAAGUGGACCAGGCGUGGCUGGAGGGCCACUGUGAUGGCCGAAUUGGCAUUUUCCCCAAGUGCUUCGUGGUCCCAGCUGGCCAGCGCACGUGAGGAGGUCAGCCCUAGGAAGUCCGUGGAAGGAGAGUUUAAUAAAAGCAAUCUGCCUCCACCAA